AUGUCAGAGGUUUUUGUGCCAUUGUAUAUAGGAUCUCAAGCUUUUCAACGACAUGACAUUAUUCACGUUCAUUCUCCAGAAUCGGUGAAAGUGCUGUUACCGAAUGUUGUUGCUAUGAUAUAUUCUACAUAUGUGUAUGUGCAAAAGUCUUGGAAUUUUAAUAAUCAAAAAAAAAGUUAUUGCCAGCAUAAGGCCGACAAUUUGGUAAAAGUGAUGGCUAUUGUGUUGCUCGACGGCAAAUGGUUCGAUAUUUACGGUCCAUAUUUCUCAGACGGAUACAAUAACGACGAACUCAUAUGGAAUACUCUCAGCGAUGAUAAAGUAGAAGAUUAUGAAAAUAAAGAUUUAUUUGCGCAUAGUCAGCAGCUUCAUGCAAUAUUCUCCAAAAAUGGCAUGUUUAUCGGAGACCGCGGUUUUGUAAGAUGUAAAGGAGAAUGGAGCUUAUAUACACCUGAUUCAAUAUGUAAAGGUGAAGCACAAUUGUCAACUAUAAAAGCAAAUCAAACAAGGUUUAUAACUAGAGUUCGUAAUGCUAUUGAACGAGGUUUUGUAAGAUUAAAACAAUGGAAUUUUAUUGGUUCUGUUGUAAAUACUGAUAUUAUACCUGUUAUUGGUUCAAUAAUGAGAAUACUAUGUACUGUUGGCAAUGCUUACUUUUCUAAUUUGGUGCUAGAUAAUAAUGACGCUCUUGAACACGCUCAAUAUACAAUAAGAAAUAUACAAUUAGAGAAUGAAGUUGAACACAUGGAAGCCAAUACAACUGGUUGGAAAAAAGCCAACAUAAACGAUAUAUCAAGUAUUAUUACGUCCUACGACGAGAAUGAUGUAAAGCAAUGCAAUGAGUGGCCAACUUACAUCCAUCCUGAUUUUCCAUCAACAGUUAAAAUAAAAAAUAAUAUAUCAAGAUACAAGACAACGGACAAUCCAAAAAAACAUACUGUAUGGAUACGGUUUGGUCAUAAUAAACUUGACGAUAUUGCUUUUUAUUGCACUUGCAAAAGUGGUUUGCGUACUGCAGGUGGUACUUGUACUUACGUAACCGCAGUAUUAAUCGCUUUAAUUCAUUGGAAAAGUAAUAAAAAAAUACCAAGUUUUUAUACAACAGCUGCAGCAUUAUUUUUGAAUGCUUUGGAUUGUACCACAUACAAGGAGAGCAAAAUGAAACAAGAAUCAGAAGAAUACAGCGGAGCAAGUAGUGAUACUAAAAACCAAACAACAUCAAUAAGUCAAGGAACAGCAAGUACUGAUACUGAAGUAACAGAUGAAGAAUGUACCAGUAGCGAAAUAUCCGAUGAAGACUCUAUGGACUCUCAGACAGCUGAUCUAAAAUUCACAAGCAGUGAAACGAGCGAUGAGGAUGCAAGAUAUGAAUUGUAUACUGAUGAAACAAAGUGA